AUGUCCGAUUAUACUCCUAAUGGGUCAUAUUUAAAUAUACAACAAUCUUGUUCUGCAUCUCUUGGACUGCAUGAAACGUUUGAUGAUGAUUUAUUUACUAGUACUCCAGUUAGUGGAAGUACUGUCAGUGGUGUAUUAGAUUAUAAUUACCCAGUGGAAGAUUUGCCAAGAAUGCAACAAUUAUUCGAUUCAUGGGGAUUAAAAUGUGUCUAUCAAACAUGUGUUGAUCAACUUAUAGAUAUGACAACUCUUUCUCGCAUGAAAAGUGAGCAGGUUUACAGACUUUUAAACAAUUUUCCAUAUGGAAUAAUAUUUAAGUUUGAAGAAGAACCAGAACAAUGGCAAAAGAACAUGAAUAUUUUAAAUAAUUGUCAAAAUACAAACUCAAAUGAAAUGUCUUUAAACAAAUCAAAUGCAGAAACUCUUCCAAAACCUCAUAAAUCAUGUCAUAAUUUAAGAGUCGACGAAGUCCUCACUUCAUCUACUCAAGGUUCCCUGAUACUAGAUUAUUUUAAAACACACAACAAACUGAACGAUGGUAUACGGGCAACAUUAGUAGACAUACUUAUUGCACAAGUACUGUCCCAACAAAUACCUAUGUCUGUAAGUUUGGCAGAAUCACUAGCAAACCAAAUUGUUGCUAUGUUUAAAACGGAAGUUAAGGAUACAUAUUUCAUGAAAAUUGGUUGUAACAAAAAUCCUAAAGGAAAAUUGUACUCCAAGUAUUACAACUCUGUAAGAAAUAUGAAAAAUACUGGAUUAAUACCUACAACAAUCAUUAAAAACAAAAUAAUCACCGACAAAACACAGAAAAACGGCUGGUUCGAAAAAGAAUUUGUAUCUGAAAGUGAAAUAGAUUCUAUACUAGAUGUAUUGAAAUACAAUGACACUACAUUCCCAGAACUAGAAUCGAAUUGGAAAGCUACUGUAAAUUAUAGAUUGAAUGAUAUUAAGAAUUCUGGAUCGACUACAGACAUUUUAAAGAAUUGGAAACAAUAUAAAGUUCCUUAUGGCCAUAAAUUGAUUGAUAUUGAUUACAAUGUUCUAUUUCCUAAUAAUAUUAAUAUAUAUCAAGACUUCAAGGACAAAUCAGAUAAAGUUUUUAAAUUAUUUGAUGAAAAAAUCAAAGAUUUAAACAGCCGAAAAAUAUUGGACACCUUAAAAAAUACAAAUGAAAUGAAUAUUAAUGAUAUUAAGAUAUAUAAUUAA